GGUGUCUUGUUUUAUUAGCCUGCAGGUGUGACAAGGCAAAUCCCAUCCCCUUUUUUAGGGUCUUUAGUUAUUAGUCGGUUUAUUUUCCAUGAUCUUACGCGGCACUGGAGCUUCAAUGACUUUAGAAUUUCGACACAUUUUUUGAAGCCAACAAUCAUCAAUAUGGCUGUAGCACGCCCAAUUCGAGUCCUAGGCUUAUUAGCCAUAGGAUUAUGGAUGUUUUUCUUAUAUCAAGUUUUCGGUCCACCAAAACCAGAACUUGGGCCUGGUGACACACUUGCCAACAUAGAGAGAGAUCCUAACCUAGAUCCUACUGGAGAGCCAGAAGGUGUGUUAUGGAGAGCUGAUCAGGGUUAUGGACUAGGCAUCGAGGGAACGAGUCGAAUCAACGCUACUCUUUUAUCUUUGGUUCGCAACGAAGAGGUUGAUGGUAUGGUUCAGGCUAUGCGAGAUUUGGAAAGAACGUGGAACCACAAGUUUAACUACCCGUGGACAUUUUUCAAUGACGUACCAUUUUCAGAGGAGUUCAAACGUCGAACUUCUGCAGAAACGAAGGCAGAAUGCAGAUAUGAAGAAAUCCCCAAAGAACAUUGGGAGAUGCCCUCAUGGAUCGACCCAGAGCUUUUCGAAGAAUCGGCAAAGAUACUGAAGGAGAAUGAUAUUCAAUAUGCCAGCAUGGCAUCUUACCAUCAGAUGUGCCGAUGGAAUAGUGGUUUAUUCUACAAGCAUCCAGCCAUGGCAGAUAUGCAGUUUUACUGGCGUGUCGAGCCAAAGGUCCAUUUUUUCUGCGAUGUCGACUAUGAUGUGUUCAGAUAUAUGCAAGAUCAAAACAAAACUUACGGAUUUACCAUCAAUCUUUACGAUGCGCCUCAAUCAAUUCCAUCCCUAUGGCCCGAGACCACAAAAUUUUUGGCCGCACAUCCAGAGUACAUACACGAGAACAAUGCAAUGAAUUGGGUUACAGAUAGUAAGCGCAGACCAGAACAUAAUCGGAAUGCAAAUGGCUACUCUACAUGCCAUUUCUGGAGUAAUUUCGAGAUUGCAAACAUGGAUUUCUGGCGCAGUCAAGCAUAUGAGGACUACUUCAACCAUUUGGAUCGUGCUGGAGGUUUCUUCUAUGAGCGAUGGGGAGAUGCUCCAGUCCAUAGUAUUGCUCUGGCACUUUUUGAAGAUUCAAGCAAAAUUCAUUGGUUCCGUGAUAUCGGUUACCAGCACAUCCCUUACUUCAACUGCCCUAAUUCGCCAAAAUGCAAAGGUUGCCAGGCGGGACGAUUCACAGACGGAGAAGCUUGGCUACACAAGGAGGAUUGCAGGGCAAACUGGUUCAAAUAUGUCGGUAUGGGCUGAACGAGGAUGGAACUGGGAAGGACCAAAAGGAAUAUAGAUGGCGGUAACGGUUGACAUAUUGUAUUUAAGUGUCUUUAUGAUGUUUGAAAGUUUAAAGCAGGCAAGCAUUGGCAGGGCGUUUGGUAGGAUUUUGGGAAACAUGACAAAUUAUUAGAGUAUAAUAUGGCACGGCUCAUGAAUUACAUAUACCAACAGGAGUGUUUUUGGAAAGCGACACCCAGGUAGAAUAUCGGUUUACAUUAUCCUCAAUUCCUUCCAAGCAUAUGUAUUGUAUAGCAUUAUUCCAAUGCUUCAUCGGACGGGAGA